CACGGUUGUGUGUUUAUUCAAGCCCAAUAAAAAAAAUCGAUUUAAUUUAAAAAAAAAAUAAUAACAGAGAGACGUCUGUUUAUGAAGAAGUAUAUCACACUAAAAAAACCGGUUCUCAUUAUUCAAUAAUAAAUAUUAAAUAAUAAUUCUAAUAAUAUCGGGCACUAACUUGGAGAGACAUGACAAACAGCGAAACAACGAUUGUGAUGGAUGAAACGAAAAAUUUGACGCAUGGAGGAGGUUCGAGUAGGAUGCCGAGUCAGUCUGCGGUACAAACGACUGAAGGAGAAAAUGUUGACUGCAUUCAAAUUCUAGCGACGAUCGCUUCCAUCCUUUUGAUGAUAUUAACAUUUCCAAUUGCCAUUUUUAUGGUUUUCAAAGUCGUUCAAGAGUAUGAACGUUCAGUUAUCUUCCGUAUGGGACGUUUACGUUCUGGCGGCGCUCGUGGUCCCGGAGUAUUUUUCGUGCUUCCCUGCAUCGACAAUUAUUGCAAAGUUGACUUGCGAACUGUGAGUUUUGACGUUCCUCCGCAGGAAGUUCUCACCAAAGACAGUGUUACUGUGAGUGUUGAUGCUGUCGUCUACUAUCGAAUUAACGAUCCACUAAAAGCUGUCGUUCAAGUCGCCAAUUAUUCGCAUUCGACACGUUUGCUGGCUGCAACUACUUUGCGAAAUGUGCUCGGAACACGAAAUUUGAGCGAACUUUUAACCGAACGUGAAGCAAUUUCGCACACGAUGCAAGUUUCCUUAGACGAAGCCACAGAUCCGUGGGGCGUGAAAGUCGAACGAGUUGAAAUUAAAGACGUUUCGUUGCCACAAAGUCUCCAACGAGCCAUGGCUGCGGAGGCUGAAGCUGCGAGAGAGGCUCGUGCAAAAGUCAUUGCUGCUGAGGGUGAAUUGAAGUCGUCACGUGCCUUAAAAUCCGCUUCGGAAGUGCUUUCGGAGUCACCAGCUGCCCUUCAAUUGCGUUAUUUACAAACUUUGACUCACAUCUCGGCGGAAAAAAAUUCGACAAUCAUCUUCCCGCUGCCCAUGGACUUGAUUCGGCCUUUCAUGAAUUUGCCUCAAGAGAACCAAUCAUAAAAAAUAUUUUAAAAAUUAAUAAAAAUGAGCUUCAAAUUUCAUUCAAAACGUAUUUUUGCGACAACAUUGUAGAUGUAGACUUUUGGACCUACCAACGUCUUAUCAAUUUACGAAAACACAAAAUUAAAAUGAAACCUUAGAAGACACGAAGAAAAAAAAUUGAGAAAAGAGGCAGGUGCCUCGCGUGCAUUCAGUCUUGUUAGGAAAUUACUUUAUCUAACCAUGCGUUGCUCCGUACAAAGCGUGAUAUUAUUAAUUUUUAUUUCAUCUUUUUUUUGUGUAAGUUAUUCUAACAUCAUAACAAAUGCACCUUGCAAUAAAUUUUGUGCAAUGUUUCAAACAUUUAAUUAAACGCAAAGCCAUCAACGACAAAAAAAACAUGAGACGUAAUAAAGAUAAAGAAAAAAUGGAAAAA